AUGAAGAUGUUUGCCUUCUGUGUUCAUUUGCUACUAGUGGUGAUUGCAGUUGGAGGCGAUACUCUUUCAUUUGCCACCAUCACUAGAGCUUUUCCCGACGAUGACAGAUUCAUUAAACCAGAUAGACCUGGCCAUGGCACUCUUCCACUACCGCGUGGACUGUCACCACCUGUCCUCAAAACCCCACUAUCUCACCAGCUAAGUCAGCUCUCGCAUUUCCAUCCACCUCCUACCCAAUCAUAUGGACCUUCACCACCUCUCGUUCUCCUUCCUCCCUCACCUAGUCACUGUCCUCCAUCAACUCAUUAUCCACCGCCCUCACAUGGACAUCCACCUCCCUCUCGAGGAUGUCCACCUCCUUCUCACGGAUAUCCACCACCCUCGCAGGGACAUCCACCUCCUUCUCAAGUAUGUCCACCGCCUACUCAAAUACCACCUUCUCACGGAUAUCCACCACCCUCACAUGGACAUCCACCUCCCUCUCAAGGAUGUCCACCGCCUACUCAAAUACCACCUUCUCACGGAUAUCCACCACCCUCGCACGGACAGUACCCACCGCCUACCCAUCGUCCUCCACCCUCACCAGAACAUCCGCCACCUACCCAAACACCACCCUCUCAAGGUUGUCCACCCUCACAUGGACGUCCACCUCCCACCCAUUAUCGUCCACCACCUACCCGAACACCACCAUCCUAUGGAUAUCCUCCACCCUCACAUGGGCGUCCCCCUCCUAUCCAUACACCACCCUCACACGGGCGUCCACCUCCCACCCAUUAUCAUCCACCUCCUACCCAAACACCACCCUCACAACGUCCACCUCCCACCCAUUAUCGUCCACCACCUAUCCAAACACCACCCUCAGACUGUCAUCCACCUCCCACCCAUUAUCGUCCACCACCUACCCAAACACCACCCUCACAUGGACAUCCACCACCUAGCCGUUCUCCACCUUGUCAAAAUCCACCACCUUCACGUGGAAGUCCACCACCAACCUGUUAUCCUCCAUGUGGCUCAACACCACCCUCUUCCAAAUAUCCUCCACCCUCACAAGAACGUCAACCACCUAGCCGUCAUCCACCACCCUCACAAGGAUAUCCAUCACCCACCCAUUAUCCACCACCCAACUCAACAUCACCCUCUGAAGGUCCACCAGCGCGAAGGCCGCCACCUUCUUAUGGGUAUACACCACCUUCCUGA